CAACGAUUCUAGAAUAAGUAACACGCGAUCCUCAAUCAGUGUCGCGCGACGAUUUGGUAGGGGAUCUCGAUGACGUAACGGACGCUAGCACACUGCACUGCAUGAGAGUGCAUGUAUCAGCUCUCUCAGCUGGCUUGAGCUGAAAUAGCAACAAACAUCACCCAGCGCUGCACGCCAAACGCCCUGCCACAGCAAGGUUUCCAGCCUCUUCUCCCACCCACCAGCCUCCCCGUCCAGUCUGGGGCCAUGUGCUCUGUUCUUUAAUGCCCUGACUAGCCCAUUUCCCCCGUUCGCUCGACCGCCGUUACGUACCUGCACGCCCAGCACCACCAUGACCCUCGCAAAACACAAUCUGCACGUCGCAGCCCUGAUUCCACCGCACCUGACACCAGCCGAUGUCAUCGCCGCCUUGCACGACCACAACACAUGUCUGACGCUCCAAGCUCUUACCACAGGGCAUAAGGAGCUACCGGAGACGAACCCGGAGACAAGGAAGGAUACGUACUGGUAUCCGCCGGAUCUGCACCCGAUCAAAACUUACGAGGUUACCGAAGCGGUGACGAUACUACCAGGGGUUGGCGAAUGGGGAAAGAAGUAUAUCACCUUCCCUAGCUGCUUCCAGGACACUCCCCAUGGGAUUAAAACACGGGCGGAUACUUCGGGUGUGGUGCUGAGAGCCGAGUUUAGGGUGAUAAAAGGCGGGGCGGAUAUUGGGGAAGUAGAGGGAGAGGGCGAGGGGAUUGGAUAUGCGGAGUGGGUUCUUGUGGAGGAUGUUGAGGUGCAGUGUGCGUGGUACAUGAUGCCGUUUGUGAGAUCGAGUAUGGAGGGCGCGCAUAGGGAUAUUUGUCGGAAGGUGGUGGAGAAGGUGGAGAUGUUGAAGAGGCAGGAGGCUAUUGUGAGGACGGCGGCGAAGGGGAAGGGAAGAGUUGAUUCAGAUGGAGGUCAGAGGCUUCCGGAUAAGAUUAUUUAUGGUUAGGGUGGUGUUCUAGGGCUCGGAGCAGAGCGGAUACCGUGGGGGAGAAAUGUGGUUCCGGAUUCGGUAAUGAGAGGGACACAAACUGGUCAGCAAUGGAUCAUGUUGAAAUCAGUACUCCUGGGACUCGUGUUAUUGGAAAGGCUCGGACCGAGGGCUGGGUGAGUUAGAAUUCGCGAUCCACAUUUUUCGGCAUGCAUCUCCAUUCUCUACGACUGUUACGACGUUAAUGCCUUUCCAAUUAGCGUAGACGACAACCAUAAAUAAUCUCAUCAUC